AUGGACAAUUAUUGCAUGCAGGAAGAGGUAUAUCUGAUCGUCCCUGUCAGAGAACUAACUCUUUCACCAUAUGAACUUUUUACCCCUGAAUGCAAGUUUAAAGAAUCUGUUUUUGAAAAUUAUUAUGUAAUCUACUCAUCCAUGCUGUACAGACAACAGGAAUCUGGAAGAGCCUGGUUUUUGGGAUUAAAUAAAGAAGGGCAAGCUAUGAAAGGCAACAGAGUAAAGAAAACCAAACCAGCAGCUCAUUUUCUACCCAAGCCAUUGGAAGUUGCCAUGUACCGAGAACCAUCCUUGCAUGAUGUUGGCGAAACAGUCCCGAAGGCUGGAGUGACGCCAAGUAAAAGCACAAGCGCGUCUGCUAUCAUGAAUGGAGGCAAACCAGUCAACAAGAGUAAGACGACAUAG